GACGGAAAGUUCAGUUUCAUUUUCGUUGCCCGUUGUCGUUGUUGUUUGGUUGUUGGAUUUGCCAUUGCAUGUACACGCUGCAUAGAAGUGCGUUAUUUUUAAACGAUUUCUUCGCCAACGAAUUUGAAAUGCUAACGUCGCCAACAACAGCUUACAGCGGCAACAGCAACAGUAGCAACAGCAGCAACAAAAGCAGCAUCAGCAGCAGCAGCAAGAGGAGCAAUCUAAGAUAGAUACACACACACACAUAAACUAAUUAAAGCAUAAAAUAGUUGAAAUCUCAGAGCGUUACGCCUUCCUCAGCACAAAAGAACGGACACGGCGACGUUGGACGUGCGCCGCCUCGUGUUGCCUGUAAAUAAAGCUGCUGACUCAAACAAAUAUUCAAAUGGAGACGAAAACCCCGCCCAGUAUGACCAACAGCUAUCAUCAUCAGCGAGCGCCGCGCACGCCUGAGAGCUACUUCAAUGUGCCGGAGUCGGUGGCGUUGCUGAACAUUGUCAAGUCGGAGCGCAUCCAGAGCGCCUUUCAAUCCAAUCGCAAGAACCAUGCAAGCGUUUGGGAAAUGGUUGCCGAAGUGCUCAAUCGGUUCAGUGCACGUAAGCGCACCGCCAAGCAAUGUUGCAAUCGCUAUGAGAAUCUGAAGAAGAUCUACACGCAGCUGAAGAAGAAUCCGGAGCGUCAUGUGCGUCGCAAUUGGCCGUACAUGUUUCUGUUCAAGGAGAUUGAGGAGCAGCGCGGCGAGUGCUGGGGCUCCAACGGCAAGCGCUUGGCGUUGAUAACCAAAAACCACAAUGAGUUGUCCUACUAUCAGCGGCGACGCCAGGCGGCCGAGCUGGGCGUCAUGCUGAACAAGGACAAUCUGACGCCGCAUCAGCAUAGCCUGCUGCAAAGCCUCAGCCAUGCGCACUCCACAGACUCCUCGCAGAGCGGCGCCAGCAAAUUAGAGCGAUUUCUACCCAAUCAGUUUGUGGAAACGCAGCUCAAUGAGGGACCCUGUGCCAAUGGUGGGCUGCCCGUCGGCGUGGGCGUCUACGAUGACAAUCCGUUGCAGCUGCAGGUGGCCGGCGCUGUGGCAGCCGCUGCUGCAGCCGCCGCAGUGGCAGCACAAAUGCGCCAUGAGCCACGCGGCGGCAAUAGUGAGGAGGAGCCGCAACUCAAUCACAGUCAGAAUCAUAAUCAUAACCACAGUCACAAUCAUAAUCAAAGUCAUAAUCACAGUCACACUCAUAGUCACAAUCAUAGUCAUAGCCACAAUGCAGCAUUUACUGAGCACGGUCAUGAGCACCUGCAUGAGCCGCCGGAGACGCCGGAAUUUCAAAAAGAUUGCAAUGGCCCACUCAAUCUGCAUCACAACAGCAGCAGCAACAACAAUGACAAUAACAUAUCCAUGAACUUUGGCAACUUUUACAGAUCUGAACCGCUGUCUGAGGGGGAAUUCAAUCCGGAUGAGAUUCAACUCAUGCAAACCAACUACAACGGCGCACAGAACUUUUACUCGCCCAGCUUGGAUCAGAAUAUUUUGCAUCCGGAUGUUAUUGUAGAUACGGACAAUCUAUCCGACUGCAGCUCAGCGGUGUCGUUAAAGAGCGGCAAGCGCAAACUGUCCACAUCGACAGACGGCGACAGCACCAACUAUGAGCUGAUUGAGUAUCUAAAGCGUCGUGAGAAGCAUGACGAGCUGCUGCUCAAGCGCAUGGAUGCGCGUGAGGAACGUUUGAUGAAUCUGUUGGAGCGCACAGUGAUUGCCAUUGAGACGCUUGCCGCAGGCAAAUUAGCAGCCACAGCAACAAGCACAAACACCAAUGCCCGCCUUGAGACAGCCACAGUUGUGGAAACGCCAUCCAGACGUAGUCCAACUCCCUCGCAGCAGCAGCUAGAGUCCAGUGCCAGUCCUAGUGCCAGCAAUGUGGAUGAGUCCGACAGCGUGGUGCUUGUUGUGCCCGAUGAUAGCAAUGAGCAAGCUUCGGAACCGAUGGCAGCUAAGCCCGCAAACGAGCAGCAGAAUGGCAUUGAGCUGGAUGUGGAGCCGGAGUCCGAAUCGGAUUCCAAGCGGGCAUGAGAAACAGUAAUUUAGCAUAUACUAGCAUCGUAAGAAAUAUUCACAAAAAGUCGCGCAGUGCCAAAGACGAGCCAUGCCUCGAAUUUCUAUUGAGAUUUGCAAUGUUUACUUAAGAGCUUAUGUGCUUAAGCAAUCUAAAAGGAAGCCACAAAACAAACAAAAACUUAAUAUUUUUAUUUAGCCUCUCUAAGUCGA